UAACUUCCGGUCCUUCCAUAUAUUCUUCCGACAAGAAGGCCAGCCCGUCGGCGAUUAGGGUUUUCGGUUCCCGAGAGGGUCCGCCUUGUCCCCGGCGGUGAAGCGGGCUGGGCUGCCCCGGGCGGCGCCCUCGCCGGCACCAUGGCCCGAAAUGCAGAAAAGGCCAUGACAGCCCUUGCAAGAUUUCGCCAAGCUCAACUAGAAGAGGGAAAAGUGAAGGAACGAAGACCCUUCCUUGCUUCGGAAUGUACCGAGUUGCCCAAAGCUGAGAAAUGGAGACGACAGAUCAUUGGAGAGAUUUCAAAGAAAGUGGCUCAGAUUCAGAAUGCUGGUUUAGGGGAAUUCCGAAUUCGAGACCUGAAUGAUGAAAUUAACAAGCUGCUGAGGGAGAAAGGACACUGGGAAGUCCGGAUCAAAGAGCUGGGCGGUCCUGAUUAUGGAAAAGUUGGCCCUAAAAUGCUGGAUCAUGAAGGGAAAGAAGUCCCAGGAAACCGUGGUUACAAGUACUUUGGAGCAGCAAAAGAUUUGCCUGGUGUCAGGGAGCUAUUUGAGAAAGAACCCCUUCCUCCUCCCAGAAAGACACGUGCUGAGCUCAUGAAGGCAAUUGAUUUUGAAUACUAUGGUUACCUGGAUGAAGAUGAUGGGGUUAUUGUGCCUUUGGAACAAGAAUACGAAAAGAAACUCAGAGCUGAGCUGGUAGAAAAAUGGAAAGCAGAGAGAGAGGCUCGGCUGGCAAGAGGAGAAAAGGAGGAGGAGGAGGAAGAGGAAGAGGAGAUCAACAUCUAUGCUGUCACUGAGGAGGAGUCUGAUGAGGAAGGCAGCCAGGAGAAGGCAGGGGAGGAUGGGCAGCAGAAGUUCAUUGCUCACGUUCCGGUGCCAUCACAGCAGGAGAUUGAGGAGGCACUUGUGCGGAGGAAGAAAAUGGAACUUCUCCAGAAGUAUGCAAGUGAGACCCUGCAGGCCCAGAGUGAAGAAGCCAAGCGGCUCCUGGGGUAUUAGGACGAGCCAGAGCCCUCCUUGGAGUCUGGAAGAUCUGGUGGGUGUGCUUGUGACCCCCCAUGGGCUCACCAUCCCCAUCACCACCUGGGCGGCGUGCCAGGCCGGCUGGUACCAUGAGGCCCCGUGCCUUUCUCAUCAUUCAUCUUGCUUUUUCUGGACCUUUUCAGGACAUGUGAGCUGGUCUGAUGGUGGGGUCCAGUCCCUGCCUCCCUGGCAGGCUGUCAGGGUAUUGAAGACUACAGCCUUCACCUCAGUACAUACAGAUGCUUUUGCUACCAUAUGGAUCCAUUUAUUUUUAUUUUGGAAUGUAUAAAAUCUCCAUCAGUUGUCAGCUGGCUGCUGAAAUUUUGUUCUGCCUUGUACUGUGCUCUUGGGAAGAGGACGACCAGUUAGUAGACAGCAUUUAAAAAAUGUAAUUUUAGCCAGGCAUGGUGGUGCACGUCUUUAUUCCCAGCAUUCGGGAGGCAGAGGCAGGUGGAUCUCUGUGAGUUCAAGGCCAGCAUGGUCUCCAUAGUGAAUCCAGGCCAGCUGUGGCUACAGGGAGACCCUGUCUCAAAAAGACAAAAAAAAAAAAAAAGUAAUUUUAUUAAAAGACAUAUCUUCCUUAGAAAACUGAAAUGAUGUAUCUACCCUGAGGCUAAAUCCCAUGGGUCCUUAGCUGGAGUCAUUCCAUGUGCUGGGCACUGCUUUGCUUUACCUUGAUCCCCUUCUGUGAGAUCCUCCUUCAUUCUCUCCUGCCUUAGGGAAAAGAAUUGAGUUUGCAGCUUUUAUAACCUGUUCCAGAGAGAGCUAUUUUUAAUUAAAGAUUUUUAUGACUGGAAA